AGAGACACUGCGAGCGGCGGGCGCGACGGGGCCGUGUCUGCAUCGGCCGCCGCCGCCGCUGCGGGGCCGCGAACAAAGAGGAGGAGCCGAGGCGCGAGAGCAAGGCCUGACAUGGAUGUGACAUGAAUCAUUUUGAGGGCUGCCCACGACUGUGAGCGUUUCUGAGGCUGUUCUCUGAGUCGAAGUAGAUCAACAUGGAUGAAUCGGCCUUGCUGGAUCUGUUGGAGUGCCCUGUGUGUCUGGAGCGCCUGGAUGCCUCGGCGAAGGUCUUGCCUUGUCAGCACACGUUUUGCAAACGCUGUUUGCUGGGGAUUGUAGGUUCCCGAAAUGAACUGAGGUGUCCCGAGUGUAGGACCCUUGUAGGCUCUGGCGUGGAGGAGCUCCCUAGCAACAUCCUGCUGGUCAGACUUCUGGAUGGCAUCAAGCAGAGGCCAUGGAAACCUGGCCCUGGCAGUGGCAGUGGCACCAACUGCACCAAUGCGUUGAGGGCCCAGAGCAGCACGGUGGCUAAUAGCUCAAAAGAUCUGCAGAGUUCGCAGAGUGGACAGCAGCCUCGGGUGCAAGCCUGGAGCCCCCCAGUGAGGGGAAUACCUCAGUUACCAUGUGCCAAAGCGUUAUACAACUACGAAGGAAAAGAACCUGGAGACCUUAAAUUCAACAAAGGAGACAUCAUCAUUUUGCGAAGACAAGUGGAUGAAAAUUGGUACCAUGGUGAAGUCAAUGGGAUCCAUGGUUUUUUCCCUACCAACUUUGUGCAGAUUAUUAAACCAUUACCUCAGCCCCCACCUCAGUGCAAAGCACUUUAUGACUUUGAAGUGAAAGACAAGGAAGCAGACAAAGACUGCCUUCCAUUUGCAAAGGAUGAUGUUCUGACUGUGAUCCGCAGAGUCGAUGAAAACUGGGCUGAGGGAAUGCUGGCUGACAAAAUAGGGAUAUUUCCAAUUUCAUAUGUUGAGUUUAAUUCAGCUGCCAAGCAGCUGAUAGAAUGGGAUAAGCCUCCUGUGCCGGGAGUCGAGGCUGGAGAAUGUACCUCGGCAGCAGCUCAGAGCAACUCUGCCCCAAAGCACUCUGACACCAAGAAGAACACCAAAAAGCGACACUCCUUCACUUCUCUGACCAUGGCCAACAAGUCCUCGCAGGCAUCUCAGCAUCGCCACUCCAUGGAGAUCAGCCCCCCGGUCCUCAUCAGCUCCAGCAAUCCCACAGCCGCGGCACGGAUCAGCGAGCUCUCCGGGCUUUCCUGCAGUGCCCCUUCUCAGGUUCAUAUAAGUACUACCGGGUUAAUUGUGACCCCACCCCCAAGCAGCCCAGUGACAACUGGCCCCUCGUUCACUUUCCCAUCAGAUGCGCCCUAUCAAGCCGCCCUUGGAACUAUGAAUCCUCCUCUGCCCCCACCCCCUCUCCUGGCUGCCACUGUCGUUGCUCCCACACCACCAGGCACUGCUACUGCUGCUGCUGCUGCUGCUGCUGCUGCUGCUGGAAUGGGACCGAGGCCCGUGGCAGGAUCCACUGACCAGAUUGCACAUUUAAGACCUCAGACUCGUCCCAGUGUGUAUGUUGCUAUAUAUCCAUACACUCCCCGGAAAGAGGAUGAGCUAGAGCUGAGAAAAGGGGAGAUGUUUUUAGUGUUUGAACGUUGCCAGGAUGGCUGGUUCAAAGGGACAUCAAUGCAUACCAGCAAGAUAGGGGUUUUCCCUGGCAAUUAUGUGGCACCAGUCACAAGGGCAGUGACAAAUGCUUCCCAAGCUAAAGUCCCUAUGUCCACUGCUGGUCAGAUGAAUCGGGGGGCAACCAUGGUCAGUCCUUCCACUGCAGGUGGGCCUGUUCAGAAGCUCCAGGGAAAUGGUGUGGCUGGGAAUCCCAGUGUUGUACCCACAGCAGUGGUGUCAGCAGCUCACAUCCAGACGAGUCCUCAGGCUAAGGUCUUGCUGCACAUGACCGGGCAGAUGACUGUCAACCAGGCCCGCAACGCGGUGAGGACAGUUGCAGCACACAACCAAGAACGCCCUACGGCAGCAGUGACGCCCAUCCAGGUACAGAAUGCAGGCUGUCUUGGCCCUGCAUCUGUGGGCCUGUCCCAUCAUUCAUUGGCCUCCCCACAAGCUCCACCUCCCAUGGUAGCCUCUACGGCCCACAUCUCUGCUGUCAGCAUCAGUCGGACCAGUGCACCCCUGGCCUGUGCAGCAACCACUUCACUGACCUCCCCAAGCCUCAGCGCUGCCUCACUGGAGACGGAACCCGGUGGCCGGACAGUGACCAUCCUCCCUGGUCUUCCCACAUCUCCUGACAGUGCCGUAUCAGCUUGUGGGAACAGUUCAACCACCAAACCAGACAAGGAUAAUAAAAAAGAAAAGAAGGGAUUGCUGAAGUUGCUUUCUGGCGCCUCCACUAAACGGAAGCCACGCAUUUCCCCUCCAGCAUCCCCCACCAUGGAAGUGGAGCUUGGGGGCGUCGAGUUGCCUCUGCAGGGAGCAGUGGGUCCUGAGCUGCCACUAGGGGGAGGCCAUGGGAGAGCCGGCUCCUGCGCACUGGAUGGGGAUGGGCCAGUGGCAGGGUCGUCGGCUGUAGGAGCAGCCCUGGCCCAGGAGGCUUUUCACCGGAAGACAAGCUCCCUGGACUCUGCGGUCCCCAUUGCACCCCCUCCUCGGCAGGCAUGCUCCUCCCUGGGUCCUGUCAUGAAUGAGUCUAGGCCAAUUGUUUGUGAAAGGCACAGGGUGGUGGUUUCCUAUCCUCCUCAGAGUGAGGCAGAACUUGAACUUAAAGAAGGAGAUAUUGUGUUUGUCCACAAAAAGCGAGAGGAUGGCUGGUUCAAAGGCACGUUGCAACGUAAUGGGAAAACUGGUCUUUUCCCAGGAAGCUUUGUGGAAAACAUCUGAGGAGACCAACACUGAGAAGGCAUCACGUCACAUCAUGACUAAAGAGCACAAAGCAAUUUAAUGGAAAGAGCACAUCUAUGAACUUCCAGAUGACCAGGAGCUGAGCGAAGGGGUGGUGUGCAGCUCCCAUACCCCUGCACGCUUAGACCAGUAAGCAGAGCAAAGGUGUCUGCGUGGGCUCCAGCACUCUGCAUUCUGAUGUGGAAGGUGUGCCUUGUAUUGUCUUGUACCAUACAGAAAAACCUUCUUUUUUGUUUAUUUGUUUUCUAAAGAUAUAUAACUAAAAUGGACAAUUGUUUACAAGGCUUAACUAAUUUAUUUGCUUUUUAAAAAAAAACUUGAAAUUUUCUUGUAAUAGAUAAGUUCUUUGGAUUAUGAUUUUAAGAAAUUAUUAAUUUAUGAAGUGAUAGCUAAGGAGAAGCUGGAUUAUCUCCUGUUGAGAACAAGAGAUGCUUUGACAGAGGAUGCAUCUUCCCAUCCCCAGCCCCUACCCCCUGCUCUUACACUUGGCUUCUUUGACAUGGAAAUGCCAGCUCUCUGAUUUGAUUUUCCUCCCAGAGAACCCAAAUAUACAGCUGAAUUAGUAUCAGUAAAAGCCUGGAAUGGGAAGGCCGACUUGACCAAGGUUAGUGAAUCUCUGCCUUUGUAGUUUGGUCAGGAGUCACCUUAAGACCUCGUCCUCAGUUUAAUUGUGCGGUAUUUUAAUUUCCCUGGAGUAAAAUCAGUGAAAUGUGAGGAAGAAUAAAGCACAACCUUUGAAUAAAAAUGUAUUCAUAAAUAUAUUCAGACUAAAUGUAUUUACUUUCAUAACAGAAGCAGUUCAAUCCAUUGGUUGGAAAGUAGGGAGAACGGAAGUUGUACUCAUUGUCUGAAAAUGGCUUUGAAAUGUGAUUUCCCAUUUUACCCAAAAUGAUCUGCAUGUCCAGGACACAAUAAAAUGUUUGUGAGAUAUAGUGGUGGUAAGUGAUACACUUGUGUUAAAAGUCAAAGGCUGUAAGAAACACUGUGAAAAGUUUCCAUUUAUCCGUUGUGAUUCUUUCCCCCACCGUGUUGCAUGUGUUGCUGGCGUCCCACAGUGAUAUAGACUGUGCAUGGUGUGUAUAUGUCGUUGCAGUUUCCUGUUGCAAUUUGUUUGCACUCAGAAUUGACCGACAUAGGAGAUGUAAGAUGAACAGUAUUCUCUUCUCUACCCACAAAACCAGUGGACCAGUGUCUCCUGAGUGCACUUGUUCCUUCUUAAGCAAAGGUAUCCAGUAGCCAUUACACAAGUCAUUAGCAACAAUGCUCCUUCCUGUCCUCCCAGCGCAGUAAUGUGAAACAUGAGCUUUUCCAGGGGAUGCUCCUAUGAAUGCUCUGGGGCAACUCUGGAAGGCUUGGCAGAAGUGAAUGUGCCCAUACCUCAUAAUUGUGGCAGGACCCAGCUGAGCCCGUCUUUUUAUAUCUGCUCUUUGAUGUCAUGGGCUCUCCCGCCGAUUUCAUUACAGUGCCAUGCAAUUGUGGGUUUGGGUAGUUCUGCAAAUAAAAGAAGGGGAGACAGCCUCAUAAGGAAUAAGGUUGUUAGCACAGUUUUCUCAUGGGAAAUAAAUAACCUAUUUUUUUUACACUUUUAAGAAUCAAAACUGGGAAAUGGAAACAUGAAUUGAAGUCAUCUUGUAGUAGGAAAAUGUUUCAUGGUCUUAAAGAAAUGCAUUAUGUGGUUGAAAAAGAAAUCAUUCCAAAAGUAACUUUUUUUUAUAAAACACUGUACAUUAUGUUCCUGUGUGUUAAAUUUUGUUUUAAACUUCAAUAUCCAUGUAAUAUACAAAGGGUUGAUGAAAUGAACUUUAGAAAAAAAAGCUGACAUCAGCUUUCAUCUGUGUAAGUUGACACCAAUGUGUCAUAAUAUUCUUUAUUUUGGGAAAUUAGUGUAUUUUAUAAAAAUUUUAAAAAGUGAAAAGACUACUACAGGUUAAGAUAAUUUUUUACCUGUCUUUUCUCCAUAUUUUAAGCUAUGUGAUUGAAGUACCUCUGUUAAUAGUUUCCUGGUAUAAAGUGGGUUAAAAUUUCAUCUGUUAAUAUUCAUUAGGUAAUUAAAGUAUGGGUUUUCUAUUGGUUUUUUUGGAGACAGUAGAUGGAGAUUUUGUAACAAGGGCUUGUUACAUGGUGAUGUGGUAAUGAUAAAAUUGCAAUUUAUCAUUCCUUUUCAUGUUAAUAAUUUGAGGACUGGAUAAAAGAUUUCAAAAUUAAACUUUGAUGUUCAACCUU